AUGUCUGCUGAUUCAGGCCAUCCUACGACUAUAAAAUUCAACACAUUUGACGUGAAACAUUACAAAUUUUCUGAGAAUCCUCGUCGAUUUGAAACAUCUCAACAAAUGCAACAUUUGACCCUGCCACCGAAUGCCCGUACUCAUGCUGAUGAGGUUACCAAUUUCCCAUUUGAAACACGAAUCCUUUGGGAGAAGUUGGAAGCACUGUUUACGGGAUCGCAUCCACUAUGUAGGAUGAUACACUUCCUCCGACGAUACGAGGAUUGGAUAUUUUGCAAAUAUGAUGCUCCUUCAUCGGGUAUGCGAGCAGCUAUCCAGUACAGGCUACCUUCGACCGGCCUUCGUGAUAUCAUCUCAGAGACGCCCUGCGUAACCUCGUCCGUAUGGGAGCAGACGGGAAGCUUGUUUGCGAUAUACCGGUUACUCGAUAUCAUAACUCUGAAGCCAGAGUAUUUCGGACCGUCGAUAUCUAUCACCGUACCUCGGAAUGAGCCACAGAUUAUCGACGAUUUGAAGGAUUGGCCUAGCCUACUUCGCGCUGCCAAGAAGCGCAUUAUCAGAGAAGAACCUAAAGCCCACAAGAGACUGACAACGGCUAGUAUUAGCAACGCUUCUUCUACACAGCUUGCCCAGGAUGGAUCCCCAGAAGCGACACUUUUAUUAUGUCUAGCGCGCAACCAUUUUAAGAGCGUUUUAGGGAAAAUCGUUGGAAAUGUGUACUGUGCCUCAUUGCAUUACCAAGUCCUGUUGGCAAUGCGCGGUGUUAAGGAUGACGAAGUAGUACUGCCAGACAUCCCAACUGACACGAGUACUUUUGUCAAUCUUUAUGCAAGCGGUCAUCCCGAUGCCGCAUCGUUUCUCUCAGAGAUUACACCCUCACAUUUAAAGAUUCCACUUCAUAUCGCUCUAUUCAUAUCUCCCAUUCUUCUUUUCUCAAACACAUCGUGGUAUUCCCGGAAAUGUGAUCGGGAACAAUUGCUUAAAGCGUCGAAAGCGCUCGGGAAUCAUCGUCCUCCUGCUCUAUUGGAACUAGAAAUGGAAAUUUGGAGGAUUAUCGCAAAUCAAAAUUGUGAUAUAUAUUCAGAAUUGCGACAACUUGUUUCAUCGAAAUGUUGGGUGAAAUGCGAGCAAAUAAAUCCAGAAGAUCAUGCGUAUAACUUUUUCAGACCCAAUACUACGGUACAGAACAAUACCAAUGAUACUGAGCAUCAUUCAGAGAGCAAUGAAUCAAUUAUAAACCAGCAUCAACCUAUACACCCCCGCGACCUUACUAGUGCUGGUCAUAACUCGGAUAUAGAUGCGGAAGGCGAUGACGACCAUGAAGUAAACCCGGGGAAAUUAGGUAAGGUACUUGUUCCAGUUAAAGAGUACAAUGAAACGACGACCACUCAACCUCCAGACCACGCGUUGACGGCCACCCACAAACCCUUCGAUCAUGCAACAAACUCUGAAAUAACGGAAAAAACAUACAGUAUAAUUCAGUAUGAGAAGAAGAGCGACAACGCAUCCGCAGCUCAAUAUCUAAACAAUAUGUCCGUAUCCGUCAACAAGACUUCGCUGGCAAACGGCCUACACAUCGAUCCUAGACUGGAUUCGGAAACAAGUGAAAGGAAUACACAGCAUGAAGAGGAGAGGGACGAUGCGACAGGGGGUCAACGUCCAACCGUGACUGCUGAGAAACCCUUCCCGACAGACGAACUAUACAUCGAUCGCGACAUGGAUUCAAGGACAAUAGAAAGAAUUACACAGCCUGAGGUGGAGAAAGACGAUACACUGGCUGAUCAACAACCAGUCGACAUGUCCAUGGUCAUCGACAAGCCGAGUCUGACAGAUACAUCAUGUACUUCACGGCCCUUACAGCUGCCCCUGGAUAAUGGCGAUAACGACAGCGUCGACAAACAGACUCAUGGGAUCUCGACAGACGAACUGAAUCGAAACGACAAUGACGUCGACAUGGAGGAUGGUUCGGGUUCAAAAGCCGAUGUGACAGAAACUUCAAUGGCCAACGUAGUUAAGCACGGAGUUGGAGGAUGUCUCGAUCAUGACAAACCAUCGGGUAUAUCGGAAGACCGGGGGUCAGAGGUGGUUCAAGAUCAAGAGCAAAACGAGGGACAAAAAGACCAUUCGCCAAACGAAGUCAUCGCGUCGAAGGACAUACCCGUAUCAUCACAUACUCAAACAUCGGGUAAAGCCACGACACCAAAGGCUAAUCAAAGAAAGAAUAAAAAGAAACGCAACAGGAAACCUGUCAAUAUCUCGCCGUCUGAAGUGGACUCAUCAGGUGGUCCAUCUGAUAAUGACGAAAACGACUACAUCGACGUUGAUUUAUUUGAUUCCAAAAUCGACCUUGAUGUUGUCAGCACACCAAAGAAGUUCUGGAGCACAGUGGAGUGGGUUUGUUUCAAUGCAAUCGGUACCCAAAAAACUUUUCGACCAGUCGCUCAUAGUCAAGACGAAUUGGAUAAUAUUCAUAGAUUCUUGGCUAUGGUCGAAGCUGACUACAUUGACGGACUUCCAAUGCAUAUAGCACGCCCAGAUGAAUCGUGUUUUAUGGUAAUCAAUUAUCGUGAUCAUCGGCAUCCCCAACCGAGCCUAGAUGACUUCGCUGAACGAAACAUUGUUAUAUUUCGCAAUACGUCUUUCGUGGAUCCUGACCCGAACCUCUUUUACCGUAGCGUAAGACACGAUAUAGGGGAUAUCACGUCUGCUCGAUCGAUCGAGGAUCUGUCCGUGGAUUCGUCUCACCGUACUGACAGGAUCAAACGCGGAACACUCCUUCAGGUUGUUCAGGCAGCGCGAACACCGGAUCACCAUGGCAAAAUUCUGAAUACUCAUAACAUCCCGUUACCAUUUUCAGGUGCUAAUUCCUUCGAUUUGAGCACUGAUGGACAUGCUCUGCGUGCUACAGCAGGUAGCUGGAAGUACAAAACUCCACCGCCUUUUGGUGAUAUAUCAUGGGGUUUAGUAUCCACAGAAGGCGCGUUUUCAGAAGCACGUAUCAGUCCUAAUGGGUUCUGCACUGUCAUUAAGCCUACACAUGGACUCAAUCUGUGCAUUACAAUGCGACCCAGGCACCCCGACCGUGAUCUUCCUUCCAACCAACGAUUGUUUUUGGGAGACUUUCUAGAUUAUGACGCACCAGAACAUCAUACCGACUGGAUAUAUGAAGCUAUAGUACUUGAUCCCCAAUCAGAGCUUAUCUGUCUAGGGGGUCACUUCUACUCUUCUGCUUGUCUAGAAAACACACUGACAGGAAUCAUUCACAAUUUCGUUGCCGGAGAUAAAGCAGCAAACACUAAUCGACCGACGGCCCGGUUCUUCUUGCAGCAGAUCAUGAAUUGGUUCUAUAAGACGUUAAUUGAAGGUGACAGGGACCCGACUGAUGUACAUGAAGGUCAUAUCCCACUAUGUGAUACACAGACUGGAUAUACGAACAUGCUGGCUUUAUGCAUUUACAUGCUAUUCGCGAACGUUCUCGAUUACGAUACUUAUCGCAACCCCGACCAAAUACAGAGUCCCAAAACUCCGCAGCAACUUACUCAAUGGAUCAUGUGGGAUGUUAAUGCUCUGAACGACGAACAGCGUAAGGCUUGCAUGUUCGCUUGCGGUCAAGCCAUAGUUAUCCUAGAUUGGCUGUGCAAACGCACAAAAUUGAUUCAUUACCUCAAUUCGUAUGGCGAUAAUCAGGAAAGGCGGUCCAAAGCAUCAGCAAAACAAUUUCAUAACAUGAUGAUUCGCCAUUAUGCCCGUACAAUCAUGUCAUACACCCAGGAGGCGACUAGCAACGGAGUACACGGUGCCCCUUUUUGUACCGAAGCUCUCCUCAAAGUCCAGGUACUGGGCGCUUGUAAUGGUGAACUCAACAAACUCAUUAACGACGAAAUCGGACAAAGUGUACCAUCUAUACCAGCCCGGCCAAUGCUUAAACUAGCUGUGAUUUGCCUUGUUGAGUGUAACAAUACCAACGAAUACUCGGAUCAAUUAAGGACACCAAAGGAGCUCAUGCGUCUCGGUGCAAGUAUGAGAGAUAUGAUAUACACCAAUGGUCUCAAAGUCAAGUUGGAGAGGGUUGAAAACACAAAAUUCGAACGAUCCCAUCCUUCCAAAAAGCCUCGUUACUAG